AUCUGCCGCCUGCAUAUGCUUUGCUGUGCCGGGUUUGCUGAGUUCUGUCCGAUUUCCUCAGCAAAAUUCCCUUCUGGAUUUCGGGAUUUUUCUUCGAUCUGUCUACUCUGAUGCCAGUUCUGUAUUCUUCAGGAUUGAUGUAAUCUCGGAUUAAGUGAUUCAGCACCACGAUCAUCAUCAUCAUCACCCUCCGGUGGCUCCCAGACACGAGGUGUGACUCGGGACCCUCAACAGAGUCAAGCUAUUAGCUGAUUAGAAACACACAGGCGGGAGGUGGAUUGAGAAAGCCGACCAGCCAAUUAGAGUGUGCUCAGAGAUUCACCCUGAACACUCAUAUGCCAUAUGGUGAGGAUCUCCAUCCUUGUACACGUGUGAUUGUUGUGUCAGACCAUGGUCAGGCAUCGUCACUAGCUGAUCCUGUCCCCCCUCUCCCUCUGUCCUUCCUGCUCACCAGACAGUGACUGAUCAUUUCAUGCAUUGGAGAUGAGUCUGUGUCUUCAAUGUUCACCAACAAGUUUGGCUUCUAUGAGUUUUUUGUUACCAAUGUCUGCAAGCGGACAGCCAAGAUUUGACAUCGGGUGAAUGACCCCAGUCAAUCCAGAUUCCAUGCCUCAUAUCUGGACUUAGCGAAGAAGGAAGAAGAGUUCAAGAAUUUCUACUGAGUUUUCAGAGAUAUUCACCCAGCCGCCUGUGAAAAGAGUGACAAGCUAAGACCCUGAAACACACCGUGAGGUUUUUUUUCUGCUGCAAGCUUAGACGGAGAGCCCCGUCACAACAACGCCCGGAUUUGGAAUGGAACUGGGAUAGCCACAUCAGGAGAUAUUAACCAUGGCCACAUGUACUCUACAGGGGAAGAAGUUCUACUGCCGGGAGUGGGCAUUCCAGAAGCUGCUGCACAGUCUGGAGAGCAGACCAGCCUCCAAGACAUGUGGCACUCUCAUCAUGGGUGGGCCAGGCAGUGGCAAGACAGCCAUAUGCUCUGAGAUUGUCUGGCCAACAUCAAACCAUGGGAAGCAGAGGAGCCUCAACAAGCGAAUGCUGGCCUACCACAUGUGCCAAGCCCAUGAUCUGGACACCCUCUCUGUGCCUAACUUCAUCCUGGGACUUGUCAGUUUGAUUUCAAGAUCAACGUUGAUCCAUGGAUAUGAUGAGAAACUACGCAACCCUAGUGUGCAGGCAGUUUUGGAACCGGCUGCUUGUGAGAAGAAUCCCGAUGAAGCCUUCAAGAAUGGAAUAUUACAACCGCUGUGCUCUCUGAAUCCCCCAUCUCGGAAUUGCUUUAUCCUCGUGGAUUCUAUCGAUGAAGCCUAUCCGAGGCUGGAUGGAGAUAGAUGCUCCACUAGCAGAACGAUUGCAGAGCUCCUAGCCAAUCACCAUGAACUGUUCCCGUCAUGGCUGUGUCUAAUAUGCAGUGCACGCCGUCAGAGCAAAUCAGUAACCCGUAUGUUUACUGGGUUCAGAAAACUGAGCCUUGAUGACCUACGGAAAUCGCAUGUGGUGCGUGAUGUACAGCAGUACAUUCUAUGCCGCCUUGAUCGAGAGGAAUUGCUCAGGCAGCAGCUGAGUCGAGACACUGCAGAGAUGCUGAACCAGCUGCACAUCAAGAGCAAUGGAUGUAUGAUGUAUCUUGAGAAAGUCUUAGAUGGAGUUGCCAACAACUUCAUACAGCUGAAGGAAAUCUCGGACAUACCAGGGACUCUCAAUGGACUAUAUCUGUGGCUCUGUCACCGUGUGUUCAUCAAGAAGCAGUUUGUAAGGAUAAGGCCAAUCUUCAACGCGAUGCUGGCAGCCCAGUGUCCACUGACAGACGCAGAACUCUAUGCAUGUUCAAGAACUCAAAACACAAGUCUCACAGAAGCAGACUUCCAAGAGAGGCUAGUGAAAAUGGGACAGUUCUUGGUGCGAGGAAAGGACCAGAAACUUCUCAUCUUCCACUACAGUUUCGUGGAGUGGCUCUUGGACGUAAAACACUGCACACGGAAAUACCUAUGCAGCAUGGCAGAGGGCCAUGCCAUGAUAGCCAUGAGGUAUUCAUGUGAGGCUCCAAGCCUCACCCCAGCACAGGUGCAAAACUUCGCUGCUAAUCUCCUGCAAGCAAGGUUUGUGCCUCCACUUGAGCCCCACCACCUCACCCUGUGGCUGAUGUGGAUGGGAACUCCACUGAAAGACUGCCUGAUGAGUUCAACACCUAAAAGCCAACAGGUGCUUCAGCUUCUGGUAUCAGCGGGGGCAAAGGUCAUUGACCUUGAUGAAAGUUCCAUUGCCCUCCAGGAUGCACUGGACAGGGAAGAUUCUCUCAAAAGCUUACUAGAGAGUGGUGCAUCCAUCAAUCAAGUGGACAGCAACGGGCGCUCACUUCUUGCCAAUGCUGCAUAUUGCGGGAAUUUAAGAGUGGUAAAGUUCCUGUUGGCCAGAGGUGCAGACUCAACAAUAACCGACAGGACUGGUCAGACUGCACUGGGACUUGCUGCACGCCAGGGGCACUGUGAAGUAGUCGGUGUACUCAUCGAGUAUCAUGCUGAACUGGACCAUGUCGAUCAUGAUGGCUGGACACCACUGCGGUCAGCUGCAUGGGCUGGACAUGCUGAUGUAGUGGCUGCUCUGUUGGCUGCAGGUGCAAAGGUGGACUGUAGCGACACUGACAAACGUACUGCACUACGUGCUGCAGCUUGGGGCGGCCAUUGUGAUAUUGUCAUGAAUCUUGUGGAACACGGUGCUGACGUAAAUCAGGCGGAUAACGAGGGGCGUACACCUCUCAUUGCUGCUGCAUACAUGGGACACAAGAAGAUCGUUGAGUAUCUACUAGACAAUGGUGCUGACAUCAAUCACGUUGAUUGUGAUGGUCGCACAGCACUCUCUGUUGCUGCAAUGUCGGUGGCUGUCUGCCAAGGCCACACAAGUGUCAUCACUAUUCUCAUUGAAAGAGGAGCAAAUGCUGAUCACAGUGAUAAUGAUGGUAUGUCUCCACUGAUUGUAGCUGCAAGUGAGGGACAUCAGACUGUCGUCGAGCUCCUUCUUGAAGGUGAUGCUGACAUUGAUCACACGGACAAUAACAAUCGCACAGCCCUGAUAGCUGCCUCCAACAUGCGUCACACUAAUGUUGUUAAGACACUUCUGUACUGGGAUGCAGCAGUGGACACUAUCGAUAAUGAAGGAAGAACUGUUCUGUCAAUUGCUGCUGCUGAGGGUAAUGCUGAAGUUGUACGCAUGCUUCUUGAUCGUGGUCUGGAUGAGAUGCACAAGGAUCAUCAUGGCUGGACUCCACUGCAUAUGGCUGCUUACGGUGGCCACAGAGAAGUCUGCAGGGUGUUUCUCAGCCAGAACAGUCACGUCUCUGUUGACAUAAUGGAUAGAGAUGGAAGAACUCCCCUGACCCUCGCAGCACAAGAGGGAAAGCUGGAGACAGUGAAGGAGUUACUCAACUACAAUGCAAACAUCCACCACACUGCUCACGAUGGGCGCAGUGUUCUCAGAGCUGCUUCUCUGGAGGGUCAUCAAGAAGUCGUCCGGCUGCUCGUUGAAGGAGAUGCAGAUGUCAACUACAAAGAUGCAGAGGGGAGGUCCACACUCUAUAUGCUUGCUCUGGAAAACAAGGUACCAAUGGCACAUUUCUUGCUGGAGUGUGGUGCAGACACAGAGAACCCCGACUUUGAAGGUAGAACACCUCUUCAUGUAGCUUCAUGGCAGGGUCAUACAGAGAUGGUGAAUGUACUCCUGAGUUUUAAGGCAAAUCCAAAUGCUAUGGACAAGGAGAAGCGUUCUGUUUUGCAAUCAGCUGCAUGGCAAGGACAUGUGAUGGUAGCCAAUUCCCUUCUGCAAAAGGGAGCAGAUAUCAACCACACUUGUAACCAGGGUGCCUCUGCUCUGUGUAUAGCAGCCCAAGAAGGUCAUGUUGAUGUUGUGAAGUGUCUUCUGGAGCAUGGUGCAGAUCCUGCUCAAUCUGACAAGCACGGCCGCACUGCCAUGAAAGUUGCCCUCAAAGGUGGCCACCAAGCCAUUAUCAAGUUGCUGGAAAAGUGUGGAGUGCCUAAUCCGCUCUCACCAAUGCCAUCGAGAGCUGCCCACAAUCGGAAGAAUGGUUGCGGAACAGGUGGCUCCUCAUCUUCCAAUCAGAGCAGUGAAAAUGCAAAGACUGCAUCAUCGGGUAUACUGGCCAAUGGUGGGCUGAUGCAGGCAAGCUCGUCAUCCAACUCUCCUGACUCCACCUUUGACCAGAGAAAGUCAUCAGUAUCCAACCAGUCGUCCAAGUCUUCAUCAAAUCUGACAUCGGUAUCAACUGUUAACUCGACCUUGCAUCUUCAUCCACCUAAGGAGAAUGGCCAGCGAUGCUCCACCUUUACUGAACAACUGCAGCAUUUGGCCCCUCACGGCAAGAAGAAGAGUGGGAGCUCUCAUGGCAAAGCACCGGAGCCUUCCAGAAACCAGUCUGUGCUAGCAAAGGUCACACCAGCUUCUUCUUUUCAAACGAUACCUGAGAACAUCAUAACUACUCACAGCACUGACAAAAUGCAGCAUGGAAAUUCAAAGCCCCACACGGGAGCAGUACAGUCUCCAAGAAGAUCCCCGUCUCCUCAUAUAUCCUCGAGAUCCACCUCGCCAAGUCUGCAGCCAUCCAGUCCUCUGUCUCAAGCUUCACUGCAGUCUCCAGUCAGGCUAUCCCCACAGACAUCGCCAUCACAUUGCCAGUAUCACAAUAACAACAAGCCAUUGUUCCCCUUCAAAAAUCCUCAGUGUACAUCUCAAGUCUCAGUGGAGGUACACAGUAAUCCUGAGGUCAGAUCUGCAUCACCUCAACCAAGGAUGGGCAUCCACAAAUCUCCCAAAAUUGAGAGGAAAGCAAGGUCCUCAUCUCUGAGAGAAAAGAAGUCGAGUAACCCCCAGAUGCCUCCUCAGAAUGGACAUAAUCACAUCAAUGGCCAGGCUCCCUACCAACCCCAACCUCAAGGUCAUCAGCAUCAGUCACUACAACACAUCCCAGCUGCUAAUGGAACCCAUCACAACCCCCAUCAGAUGCAGUCCCAGGGUUUCCAUCCAUUCUACUCCCCUCCAUCCCAGCGCAGGUUCCAACCCCCUAUGCAACCCCAGUGUUGUCACAGGACUGGUGCGCAAACCCCUGAACAAUCCCCUGAGCACAGACCCCCUGUCCACCAACGCUCCAUCUCCCAGCCUGUCCACAUGGUGGAGUGUCACUGCCACGAACAUGUGCACUUCCAGCGCAAAGCAUCCCUGCCUGUGUCUUUCAAUCAGAUCAACCUGCAGCGGGUACUCUCGACAACACAAGUCGCCCCCGGCUCACCAGAGAUGAGACCAAGGCGCAAUGGCAUUGUGACCAAUCCUAAAUAUAAGAACUACCACAAUAAGACAAGUCUUCAUGGGAGUCAAACCAUGUUGACGCAACAACCCAGCAUCAUCGCAGGUGACAACCACAGAGGUCUUUCAGCUCUGGAACUUAAGCAGGCGAUGAAGGCGAGUUUUGAGGGAUCUUGCAGGAAUGGAUUCAAAAAGGAAACACCACUUUAAUGUUACCUUACCUGCCGGGGCCACUGAAUCCUGGACCCUGGGAAUACCUGCCGACUCCUCCCCUCAUAUGGCCAUCCCUCAAGGCUCAACCGUCUCUCCCUCCAAGGUUCAACGGAAGGAACAAGCAAUCCUUUGCUUUGUGGGGCACAGCAAGCUGCAUCCAACCAGAAAGAAAUGAAAUGAGACUCAAGGACAGAUCAGCAUCCUAAAUCUGACUUGCCGGGGUGUGACUAGAGCACGUCCCCCUUAUUGUCACUCAAAGGACACUUCAAAUGAAUAACUCAGACAUAACUUCAGGUAAUCUGUACAUUAUGCGGUCAUUUCAUUCAACAAAUGGGACAAAUUUUCCCACGCAUUGAUCUGUGAAUGAGAGAUGUAAAUUAUUGUGUUGCAACUUGUUCAGGAAGGCAAUUGUUGAAAUGCUGCAGUGUCACGUUCGAUCAUGGCAAGUUUGUCAAAGACCUAACUGCCUUGAAAACAUUGUUGAUGGCCUUUGAUUGAAAAGUAGCAUAAAAUAGUGAUUUACCCAAUAUAAAAUUAAUUUGUCACUCUGGAUUUUGCUGCAUGGGAACAUUAUUAUGUCCACCAAUUUUGUAUUAUAAAGAGUAUGUAAUGUAACUCAAGGGAUACAUGUGCAAAAACAAGCGUCAAAAUUAUCCGACAGUAUUUGAUUUCCUUUACAGCCAAUUUCUUACAAUGAAUGACUUAUAAAGUUAAAGUGGUUAAUUGAUCAAACUGUAUAUACAUUGGUGUACAGAACUUAAGACUUUAUUUACAAACCGUGGAUAGCUAAAUAUCUUAUGCAAUCUCGUUACUGUAAUAUUUGAAAGUUGUGAACAGAAAUUAACGUCAUGGAGUAAAGAUUGAAAGGAGUAAAUGUAUUUCACAAAUGUUGCAUGUUCUGUCAAUACCAGACACACAACGGCCACAUGUUUUAUUUGCUUAAUGCUUUGUUCAAUCACGUGGCCCUUGAAGGAUAGGAAUGAAUCUUGAUUCUGUACUGCUUAUGUGCAUUACUUUCCAAAUUGACAAGGUAAACACAUGUAAGUUUCUUCAACAUUGGUUGAUGAUACAUGUACAUUUCGGUUGGAUUCAAUGUUCACCAUUAAUGUUGGCACAUGCUUACUGAUACCAUUUGUAAUUUACUAUCUUGCCACAUCACAUAAUUAGCUAAAUUUGACAGAACAUGUAACUUUGUUUAAGAGCUUCUUACACUAGUGUGCACUUUGCAUUAUCAGAAACAGCACCAAAACAUGAUCUUCUAUUGUACAUGUUCAUUGUAAACUUUAAAUGACUCUCUGUCUUUAAAUUAUUGUAGAAAAAAAUAAGGUGGAGGGUUUCAUGUAUUUAUAUUAUGUACAGAGAGAUUUAUGCAUGCUGUCUUUACUGGGGCAAGUGUACAUGUUCAUGUGUGUGUAUUUGUAAGUAUUCUAUGACAGAAAGACUGUCAGAGAAUUAUAGGGUUUAAUACGUGUCCAUGUGUGACCCCUCCUUUCCAUCAAGUCAAAAGUUGAUUCUUAUUUUCAGAUUUAGCCAUUUAGCAACAUUCAUCAUAUGACAGAUUUGUCCUAAACAAAGUCUGGUAAAUGUUUUUUUCAAAUGCCAACGCUCGCCGUUGCACUUUGGACCCCCUCGGCCAUUCUGUGAACCACAGCUCCCAAAAAAAUCAACAAUUGGCGACUUUUGACUUGGUGCAGUAAGACGGGGUCACAUAUGGGCAGUGUAUUAGGGACAGAGAAGGGAAAAAAUGCUUGCCAAUAUGUUUACAAGAGGGUUCUCUUUCUUCAAUACCUAUUAUUGAUUGGUGUGGGGAGCCUUUCAUUCUUAAGGCUUCAUACUGAUGUGUUAUUGAUCUAUAGGAUCGGGGAAAACAAAUUUUAGCAGGCCUGAAGCGAGAGUUGGGGGGGGGGAUUUAAUAAUAAGGGCUUGUUUUGCAAGCUUGCCUGUUGGACUCUUAGCUGCGUGUCAACAAGUUGUUUAUACUCUAAUAUUAUAAUGUGUGAGUGCAAAGUUGCCAGUCCUUCAAAAGUAAAUUUACUGUGGUAAUUUGUUGACGGAAAUUACUAUGUUUCACCAAACAGUGUGAAUGUUUACAAACUGGGACAGACAUUUAUGAGAGAAAUGUUUAACAUUCAGUGUCAUUCAGUAAUUAAGAAAUUUCUAUAUUGUAAUGUUCUGACAUACAUUUAAUGCAUGUUUUGCAUUUUAACUGUAAAACAUGGUUUAUCCAGACAUUCAGUAGUAUUCGUACUAACUUUUGAACUGAAGAACAGUAAUUUACAUAUGAAAUGUCUACUCAAAAGCAGUGACAAGUUUAUCUCCAGAAUUACCUUGUUCGGCAAAUUUAGUGAAAAGUUGUGAUAUAAUUAUAUUGCUUAUUCUUUCAUCCAAACAAGCUUUUGUUUACAUUUGAUUUUGUCCCAAUAUUGAUAAUUUCAUUUCUAUGAAUUGACAGCCUGGUAAUCAAGAAGUAAAUUAUUAAGCUUUUGUCAAGUCCAUCAAAACAUAAGUCUGUUUUGCAUACAACUGAACCUUCAUCGGAUAAUUCUACGAAUCGAAAAUCAUUCCAGCUGUAUUUGAACUGAGCCAGACUAAUAUUCCAAACCAAUCAACCGUUCACAUGACAAUCACAUCAGAUGUUUAACAACCCUUGAAAUUGCAAAGUGUUUACUCAAAUAAACUGUUUAGCUAUCAAAGCAGGAAUGUGUUGCCCAUAAAAACAUGUCAACAUGAUUUGUGUUUUCCUCAUUGUUUGUGGGUUUCUUUAAUGGCUGGUUUUUCUGGCAACCUUGUCUUGUUUAAUCUGAAAGCCAGUCAGGCUAGACACCAGGUGAGAUAGGAAUCCCAAGAAUUUCAACAUACACCUGGUUGGGUGCACAGACUCAAAACACACAUUUGUGUAAGAUUGUUUGGUCACAUCUGGUCUUAAUUGCAAAGUACUGGUCAGUCUGAGGUUAAGAUGGGAGGGGGUCAAUCAAGAUAUGGUAAACUAUAAGCCCAAAACAGGAGGGAGUAUUUUUUGAUAUCUUUGUAUACUUAACCAUGGACCAGUCUUGCAGGGACACUUUUUAUCCCACAGUCUGUUUUUAUUGAAUGCUAAGAUACUUUGGUUUUGGGUGGGUUUUUUUUUACUGACUGCACUGCCAAUGCCACAACCAGCUCUUUCCUGCCUAUCAUAAAAUGUAUUUUGUUAAAUUUAAAGCUACAAUAACUUCCCUCAACAAAAGUCAAGUUCAAAACUCUUUAGUUCAUCAGCUGUUUGUCAAUUUGUGACUCAAACUAAACGCAGAAAUGUCAAGUCAAUUAAAUUACACCUGUGAAGUUUUAUCUGAA